AGUACGUGUUCGCUGACUCUCCACCCAUUCGCUACGUGAACUCACAAGCCAUUUAGGAUGUUAAGCGAUAUAAGGGACUUGGUAGCAAGGUAUGGCUGAUACAAAGGUACCAAGAGCAGAUUGUCAGACACUCCAGCGUUGUGGGUUCAGCGCAGUCACUACCACAGUAAAGGCAAUGGGAACUGUAAAUAUGCCUGGGUGGAACCCUCUCAUUCAGACGUCUAAAGAGCUGAAGGCAUACCUCGAAGCUUGUGCUCUCAGGAAGGAGGUGCAUAAUGCCCAAAUAUGGAUGGCAGACCUCAUUCGGAUUUCAGCCAAAUUCGCUGAUGCUCUCAUAACCUCCCCUUCGGCAAUCUUCUCACUUGUGCCACCAUUCUAUCCAUUAAAUUCCGCUAUCCAUAAGGCCUGAACGUCUAGUCGCGGGCUCUCAGUCGUCGGACUUCUGAAUAGCGAAUAGGGGGACCGAAUGUCCUGCAUCGAAUUCC